AUGUCUGAAGUUGAUAAAGUUGCUGAACAAGUGCAAAAGACAUACUUAGAUGAUGUCACUGGUGAACAAGUCUCCAAAACGGAGUUGAAAAAAAGACAAAAACAAAGAGCUAUUGAAGCUAAAAAAGCUCAAAAAGCACCAGCUCCUCAAGCAAAGUCAUCUAAAAAGAAGAAUGAAUUUGCUGAUUUGAACCCUAACCAAUUCCACGAGAUCAGAUCUCGUCAAAUUGAAGAGUUGAGAGAAAAGAGCAAUGCUGAUCCAUCUGCUUUUAACCCUUAUCCUCACAAAUUCGAUGUCACCAAAAGAUUGCCCGAUUUUGUCAAAGAGUAUAGUCACUUGAAAAGAGGAGAGUCAUUGAAAGAUGUCACUCUUCAAGUCACUGGUAGAAUAAUGACCAAGAGGGAAUCCGGAUCCAAAUUGAAGUUUUACGUUUUGAAAGGUGAUGGAGUUGAAAUACAAGUCAUGGCUCAAGCUCAAGAUGCCGAGUCACCAGAAGCGUUUGAAGAAAUGCAUGACAUUUUAAAAAGAGGUGAUAUUAUUGGUGUUACUGGUUAUCCAGGAAGAACCACCCCUGCUAAAGGUGGUGAGGGUGAAUUAUCAGUAUUUGCUCAAAAAGUUCAAUUAUUAACUCCAUGUUUGCACAUGUUGCCUACUGAACAUUAUGGUUUCAAAGACCAAGAGGCUAGAUACAGAAAACGUUACUUGGACUUAAUUAUGAACGAUUCUAGUAGAGAAAGAUUUAGAGUUAGAUCUAAAAUCAUUCAAUUUAUCAGAAAGUUUUUGGACCAACGUGAUUUCGUUGAAGUUGAGACCCCAAUUUUGAAUGUUAUAGCUGGUGGUGCCACUGCCAAGCCAUUCACCACUCAUCACAACGAUUUGAAUAUGGAAAUGUUUAUGAGAAUUGCUCCAGAAUUGUUCUUGAAGGAGUUGGUUGUAGGUGGUAUGGAUAGAGUUUAUGAAAUUGGUAGACAAUUUAGAAAUGAGGGUAUCGAUAUGACUCAUAACCCAGAGUUCACCACAUGUGAAUUCUAUCAGGCAUAUGCUGAUGUCUACGAUUUAAUGGACAUGACCGAAUUGAUGUUUUCAGAAAUGGUUAAAGAAAUUACUGGUGAUUACAAAAUCACCUACCACCCAGAGGGUCCAGAAGGCAAAACUUUAACCUUGGACUUUUCAAGACCAUGGAAGAGAGUUAAUAUGAUUGAAGAAUUGGAAAAAGUUUACAAUGUCAAGUUUCCAGCUGGUGACCAAUUGCACACUGCUGAAACUGGUGAAUUUUUGAAAAAAGUCUUGAAAGACAACAACUUGGAAUGUUCACCACCAUUGACCAACGCCAGAAUGUUGGACAAAUUAGUUGGUGAAUUGGAGGAUGCAUCGAUCAAUCCAACAUUUAUUUUUGGACACCCACAAAUGAUGUCGCCAUUGGCUAAAAAGGAUAGAAACAUUCCUGGAUUGUGUGAAAGAUUUGAAGUCUUUGUUGCAACCAAAGAAAUUUGUAAUGCUUACACCGAAUUGAACGAUCCGUUUGAUCAACGUGCAAGAUUCGAGGAACAAGCUAGACAAAAAGCACAGGGUGACGAUGAAGCACAAAUGGUUGAUGAAACCUUCUGUAAUGCUUUAGAGUACGGUUUACCACCAACCGCUGGUUGGGGUUGUGGUAUUGAUCGUUUGGCUAUGUUUUUGACCGAUUCAAACACUAUUAGAGAAGUGUUGUUGUUUCCAACUUUGAAACCAGAUGCUUUAGUCUUGAAAGGUGAAGAACCAUUGAAGAAUGAUAAUUAG